UGCGAGCAACCUUCGUUCCUCUUCUUCUCAUUCUUCUUCCUCUUCUUCAGCUUCGAAGCGAAUGGCUAGUGUUUCCGCUGCUUCCGUCGCCUUCAGAGCUCUCUCGAAGCCGCCGCUCAAGAGCAACGAGACCUCAAGGUUGAAGAUUGUCUCUCUAGGGUGGAGAAAGAAUGGCUUCCCUUCCUUGAGGAGUUCCCGGCUCCACGUCUCUUGUGCGCAGGCGAAGCCUGAGACUGUGGACAAAGUGUGUGAAAUAGUGAGGAAACAGCUGGCGCUACCGGCGGAGGCCGACCUCACUCCAGAGUCCAAGUUUUCUGCUAUAGGAGCCGACUCCCUUGAUACAGUGGAGAUAGUGAUGGCUUUGGAGGAAGAAUUUGGGAUCAGCGUCGAGGAGGAAAGCUCUCAGAACAUAACCACAGUCCAAGAAGCCGCCGAUUUGAUAGAAAAACUCGUGCAGAAGAAACCGGAGGCAUGACAGGGAAGGAUCGAGCUGGCGAUGCUAGAGAUUUUGACCUGAUGAGGGGGCAAAGGAGAUUCCUUCGGACAUUUUUGUGUAUGUUAGCUAUCGGGUUUUGCUCUGAUUGUUGUGAACUGAGAUACGCACUUCUAAUUUGUCAGACUCUUGUGGCUUAACGUCACUGCGAAUCUUUGCGGCCGUUUCGGCAUUCUGUUGUUAUCACCGUACCGUGUGUGUACUGUUGCAAACAGAUUCUGGUCGGGUAAUUCCUAGGAAACAUGUCCCGGUGGUGCAAGUGUAAUAUGGAGAAGAAGAGUCGCCAGGAGAUUCCUUUUUGCUUG